CACUGAUCUGUAACAGAUUGUCAGAUUUCGCAAUUGUUUUCCCAGAACAAACUGCAGUGCUUUCGUUUACAAAAGACGAGCUAUAAAAUAUAAAGUGAGAAUCAUUCCUAGCGCAUUUGCAAUUUUAUAACAUGAGCACCGACGAUUUAUUGACAAAAUUCGAUGAAAUGGUGAAACGCUUUAGAGAAGAGUUCAAUGAAAUUAUCGAAGGGGAACGUGCCAAAAUGAAGGCGGAAGUAGAAGCGUAUAACGCGGAGAAGCAGAAAAUGAAACCGUUCGAAGUUAGCGACGAUGAUAUAAUAGAUCUGAACGUCGGAGGACAGAAAUUGACUACCACAAGAUCUACUCUGUGUCAGGUAGAAGGUUCGUUGCUUGCCUCCAUGUUCAGUGGACGCUGGGAAGAUGGUCUCAAACGUGAUAAAGAUGGCGCCAUCUUCUUCGACUUCGACCCACAGUAUUUUGUGAUAAUUUUGGCUUAUCUUCGCGCGAGGAAAAUUGCGACUCCAGAGAAUCCCGUACCUGCGCCGAAAGUUCCUGAAGAGCAAGCAAAACAUUUCAAUGAUCUUGUUCAGUAUCUCGGUUUGAACGAAGAGAUCGUCCCCAAGGCUGAGAUUUCGCCAAGCGAGAAAUUCAAUUUACACGGCGCUGGAGUCGCUCUUCAGGAAGGCGGAAAAGUUGGCUGUCAUAAUGUUUCAAAUGCAAGUUAUGACUAUGUUCUCGGAGAAAAUGUCUACCAACAUGGGAUUGUGAAUCUCAAGUUAAAGUUGGAAUCUUUGAAAAACAACCAGUGGAUGUUUAUUGGUAUAUUGAAAGGAGAUGAUAUUCCAGUAUCUCCAACGAAUAACAAUUCCCGUGGAUGGUCUGGUUCCUAUGGAUGGGUACUUGGGUCCAAUGGUGGUCGAGUGUGGGAAAAUGGGUCACCGACGAUAGACAAUACCUUAAAGCAACUUUCUAAACAAGGUGAUACGGUUGAGUUGGUCUUAGACUGCGAUGCAGGGAAGCUGUCAUUACAUUUGCCCACUGGUCACCAAUUUCACAUCGUAAUACCAAAGUCCAAAUCCUGGAGACUGAAUGUAACUUUCUUUCGCGAGAAUGACAAAAUCCGCAUUGUGGACGGUUAACGAACAACAACACUAUUCAUGAAAUCAACUAUAAGGCGAUAAUAAUUAAAAGUAAAAAGUAAACACAUAUACUGACAAAAUGCUCAUUUGGUUUCAUAUACUUAUAAAAUAAUAUGUGCGUUUGUAAUACAGCUGAUAUCACUUGUGUAG